AAAGUAUUAAAAUAUUUAUCUAUAUACCUUUGCUAAUAAGUAUUUAAAUACAAAUAUUAUACAAAUCAUUUACUACACACACAAAGACGAUCAGUAAUCGAAGUAACGAAUUAAUUGCCUAAACACAACUCCUUAAAAAUGACACAUUUGGUCUUAAUAUGUUAAUGUUUCAUAUGUUUAUACUUUAUGUUGCUAAGAUAUUAGUAAAUUGAUGUACAUAUUAUGAUAAAUUUCUCGUUGUGUUCGAAAUUUUAUAAAAACAGUCUUAUUCCUGAAAAAUGAAAAAAAAUAUUAAAGUUAAACCGAUAAGGAAUUUUCUCAAGGAACUCGAUGAUCCGAGACUAACUCACCGUAUAUUACAAGAACAACAAUCUGCUUCUGCUCAAUUGGAUUCAAUCAAAAAAGAAAGAGAAAAAAUCGACAUUGAUAUAGACAAACUUAACGUUGAACUUGUGAAAUUUAAAAAAUACGUACACGACAAGUCGUUUAAAAUUGAAGACUACAUAGAAACGAUUGACGAAUGUGAAAAUAUUAUUAGAGAUGAAAAAAUAAAACAGGAAAAUUAUCAUAAAAAUAUUAAAUCUAUUCGUAUUGAUACAAAAAAAUUAGACGAAAUCAGUCAAGAUGCUAAGUCCCGCAUUGAAAGUUAUAAGCCUUACGAGGCAUGUUAUAGAUUUAUGAGUACAAUAUUAGUAGAACAAUAUUAUAAUGUAAAAACUAUUCCUAAAAUAGUUUUGUUCACACUUUAUAGAUAACAUUAUUCAGAUUUAAUGUUGUGAUUUAUUU